GGAAACCCCGUCGACGAGACAAAAAACUCGAGGCGUGAACGUGGCAGCCAUUUUACAUCAUCAAGAGUGAAUGAGUGAAGCCGGAUCAGUGCCGGGAGGAGUUGUUUUACACUUUUUUCUCUCUCUCUCUCUUUUAAAAAUACAUCACAUUUAAUCUUCCUAAAAAAUAAUCAACACCAUACACGUUUUGGUGAGCCAGCAGCGGCAGAUUUCUGGAGACAUGGCCACAGAACAUAUUAAUGGAAAUGGUCCAGAAGAACCAAUGGACACCUCUGCUGCAGUUACCCAUUCUGAGCACUUCCAGACUUUAUUAGAAGCUGGUUUACCACAGAAAGUUGCUGAAAAACUAGAUGAAAUUUACAUAGCAGGUUUGGUGUCACACAGUGACUUAGAUGAUCGAGCGAUUGAGGCUCUGAAAGAGUUCAACGAGGAAGGUGCUCUGCAAGUCCUUUUGCAAUUUAAGGACAGCGACCUCUCACAUGUUCAGAACAAAAGUGCCUUUCUUUGUGGCGUGAUGAAGACGUACAGACAGAGAGAGAAACAAGGGACCAAAGUGUCAGACACCAAUAAAGGACCAGAUGAAGCCAAAAUCAAAGCUUUGCUGGAGAGGACUGGCUACACACUUGAUGUGACAACAGGCCAGAGGAAGUAUGGAGGUCCCCCACCAGAGUCUGCUCACUCAGGGGCACAGCCAACCAUUGGUACAGAGAUAUUUGUAGGCAAAAUCCCCAGAGACCUCUUUGAGGAUGAGCUGGUUCCGCUGUUUGAGAAAGCUGGCCCCAUCUGGGACUUGCGCCUGAUGAUGGAUCCUCUCAGUGGCCUGAACAGAGGCUACGCCUUCGUCACUUUCUGCACUAAAGAAGCUGCACAGCAGGCUGUCAAAUUGUGCAACAACAAUGAAAUUCGACCGGGUAAACACAUCGGCGUGUGCAUCUCUGUGGCCAAUAAUAGACUGUUUGUUGGCUCCAUCCCCAAGAGUAAAACAAAAGAGCAGAUUGUUGAAGAAUUUGCAAAAGUCACAGAGGGUCUAAAUGAUGUCAUAUUGUACCACCAGCCAGACGACAAGAAGAAGAAUCGCGGCUUUUGCUUCCUGGAGUAUGAAGAUCACAAGACUGCAGCUCAGGCCCGCCGUCGGCUGAUGAGUGGCAAGGUGAAGGUGUGGGGAAAUGUGGUCACCGUAGAGUGGGCUGAUCCCAUCGAGGACCCAGACCCAGAGGUCAUGGCCAAGGUCAAGGUGCUGUUUGUGAGGAACCUGGCGAGCACUGUUACAGAAGAGAUACUUGAAAAGUCCUUCAGUCAGUUUGGCAAGCUGGAGCGGGUGAAAAAAUUGAAAGACUACGCCUUCAUCCACUUCGAGGAAAGAGAUGGUGCUGUGAAGGCUUUGGCUGAUCUCAACGGAAAAGAUCUCGAGGGAGAGCACAUUGAAAUCGUCUUCGCCAAGCCCCCUGACCAGAAGAGGAAAGAUCGCAAAGCCCAGAGACAAGCGGCUAAAACACACAUGUAUGAUGAAUACUAUUAUUACGGGCCGCCCCACAUGCCACCACCCACGAGAGGCAGAGGCCGAGGCGGGCGGGGAGGUUAUUCUUACCCCCCUGACUAUUAUGCCUACGAAGACUAUUACGAUUACUAUGGAUACGACUACCACAACUACCGGGGUGGCUACGAUGACCCGUACUACGGGUAUGAUGACUUCCAGGGGUCUGGGAGAGUACGAGGAGCGAGGGGAGGAGUCCGUGGUGGUGCCAGUCAGACCAGGGGCCGCGGCGGCGUCACACCGAGGGGCCGAGUGGGAUUCUCCCAGCGAGGAGGCCCUGGAACAAGCAGAGAAAAUGAGUCGAACAGCAGGCUGGUGGCCAGCGGCAGAGCUGGGUCUAACGUCCCUCUGCCUCACUCCCCACCGCUCCAGAGAAAGACAAGCUACCUCGCCAACUAACCGUCUCUGGAGCUGCGUCUGCUCUCUUCUCGCAGGGAAACGGGGCCGAGGACGGUCCUGACCUGUCGCAGUGGAUACUGACUUGAUGUGUGGGGUUACACCGUAAGCUGCAAUGGAUGUUGAAACAAAAAAAGAGCACGACAAAAAGGUCCAAUGAUAUUCCAGCCUUACAGAAGAAGCAUCUCCCAUAUCCCCAUGUUUUUUUAUUUUCAUUUGUUUCUGAAACUGCCACCUUAAAAAGAUGACCGGAGGGUUCUAAAUACUCGCCACAGCCUCUUUGCCCCGAGUCCCCUGUAUUAACAGGGCUCUAUGUAUUGCCCUUACAAUCUCCCCCUUCCCUGUCCCUGAACAUGCCAUUUUUAAAUAAUUAUUGAAGAAAUUGCACUUUUUUAAGUUCUUGGGUUUGAAGUGGCUCAAAGGAGCUUGAUGCUAUUGUAUAUUUUUGUGCUAAUCGCAAUUUUUAUUGUCGGAAUAUCCAUGUUCUUAAUCGUUUGAUCUGGAUGUUUGACAGAGAACAUUUGCAGGUUUUUAGGGUGUACCCACCUGGCAUGGAUAAGUCAGGCAUUCCAGGAAAGUGGUUCUUUUCAGAACUUGUCUUUAAAGGGUUGGUUGACUACCUCAGUACAGAGGAUUAAACUACCCGGCCUGUACUGUAAAUAGGGAAACUAUAUUGAUGAAAGCAGGGCUUGUUUUCAUACAAAAUAUGCACAAGACCUGCAGCGCAAAAACAAUGUACUUAAUGUAAUAUAGUCAUUUUAGCUGCAGCUCUGACACUGCAAACAGUCAAACUGGGCAUGCAAAACAAUCUCAUGUGAUGAGUCUGAACAAGCCCUGCUUUUAUCCUAUUUUGAACUGAAUUAGCCGCCUUGCUUCUUCAGAGUAUGUAGUUACUGGUUGUAUAGUUUUUCGGAUAAAAUGUUACUUUUGUAAAGGCUUCAUCACAGGCAUCCAACUGCCUUUGAUUAAAAAAAAAAAUUAAAACAAAAAUAAAGCCCUGCAGUGUCCCUUUUGUGCCACUGUAUUAUUCCAGUGGGUUUGUUUUUAUAUUGAUACCGAUGCAUUUUCAAACAAUGUCAGAAUCAUGUAAAACAACUUAAAUCAAAUCUUUCAUCAUAUAAAAUCAAUCUUGAAUGAUCCCUUUCCAGCUCCCAAGACACAGCAACUUUGUCAAAGAGUUAAUCUUGAUGGAUGACUGAAUUGCCAUAUUGCCCAGCCAGUGAGCAUGUGUGCCUAACGUUAGCUGCUAUGAUUUGGUGAGGGAUCAUAGUCACAUAGUGGUAGAAGGGAUACUGCAGUGAAGGAUUUCUAUUUCCCGGGUAUAGCAAAAAGGAAACUGCUCUUCAAUCCCAGUUUUCUAUACAGUUAACUCCCUCAAUAAAAUCAUAACAACCACCUUUUGAAAAAAAGAUGUUAGCAGUUUUAAACUAUUGUUGGUGGCCAACAACGUUUUUUGCAUUCCUGCAAAUAAAUUGUUUUAUACUGUAAAAUGGAGGUGAGUGUAACUUAUUUUUGUAAUAAAGUUUUUGAUUUCUA